AUGGAUGAAGUAGAAACGUGGAUUCAGCGAUUAUUGCUUGCACAAGCUCCCGUGUUAGGACCAACACGCGUGGAAGUUCACCUUCACUCUCCGUCUACCAACCUUCCGUUAAUUUUUGCUGCCCCUGAAUCGAACCGGUUUCCACUUAUAGAUUUUCCAAUUCAUAUUCCUUUGGAACUUCUUGGUGAGGAGGCACGUCUGAACGUUUUAACGUGUAUUUCACUGGAACACAAGGUAAGCUAAGCUUAUGUUAGUCGUUAGUCUCACUCGAUAGAAAACAAACACGCUUCAACGAAAUGUCCUGCCACUGACCAGCAGGUGUAUAGAGUAAUUUUUAUGUGAUUUUACAAUAUUUAAACUCUGUACUUUGCCAUAGUUUUUAUUUUGGCAGUAUUUUUACUUAAAUGGAGACCAAACUAAGAGAAAAUGAAUUUAAACUGGUUGACACGCGUAGGUUGUGCCCAGUCAUUAAAAAAAAACACACGCACGAACUUCACUACGACAAAAAGUCGUUUGUGAGAAGAAAUCACAAACUUCGCAAACACGAAACUGUGAUCAUAGAAAAGAACACUUGCGCUAACGUCAGGAACAUCUUCCAUAGCCAUGCUUUCUCUAACCUAUACCAAGGAGGACCGAGGUGUUGCCGAUCAAGUUUAUAGCAACGCUUUGUUUGAUGGCUACAUGAAUUUGAUUGAUGGCUAUGCCCCCUGGUAUUCAGUAGUGGUACACACAUGA